AUGUCUAGCUUUCGUUGUUUGAAACAAGUGUCUUUUUUGUUAAGAUCCUCGUUCUUAGUUCAGAGAAAUAGCAGCAGGAUUUUUAUCAACCACAGCAACUACUCCGCUAGACCAUUUUCAUCUUCAAGAGUUACGCUGCAAUAUCAAGACAAUAUUCAAAGGUUGAUGGAAUUGGCUCGAACUAAUCAGGAAUUUCAAAAUGCUAUGAUUGAAAUACAAAAAGCUUUCGAAAAGGUCAAGACAAACCCAGAUGGUAGUUUAAGCAAAACCGAGCUAUUUAGUGUUUUGAUUCAACCAAGUGUUCGUGAGAGUGGCAAAAUAAUCAAAAGAAUCUGCGAUGAAAACGAUAUUGUUUUAAAACCCGAAGAUAUCAUGAACGCAAAGAAUAGCAUUUUAAACAUUUUAAAAAAGUAA